AUAACAAGUUUGCCGGCGGCGAACUGAAAAAUUUUUGGUCGCAAGCUUUGGUUUUUCUUGAACGAAUUUGUUUCGCUCCCAAUGGUGACGUCACGCGCAUAAAUUUCAGUUUCGCGCAACGUAGCCCAAGACAAAAUGGAGAGAAGUGAUUUUUCAGAAAUGCAGUCCGUUUUGAGAUCAAAAUGAAGGCAUUCGCUUGAAGUUUUAUCCGCAGGUUCUUGCAGCAGGAGUAAACUAUACAUUCCUAUCGACUUGCUCCGAAAAAUGUUGGAUAAUUUUUUUAAAGGAGAUGUGCCAAGUAUUUUUGAAACGACGAUCAAACGCGAGAAAGGCUCCCGCGCGGGAGACAACUCUUCAACCUCAAGAUUGAAAGAUUACAGAAACGAAGAAGAAUUCCUUAAGAGUGUCAAGGCGACAAUAUGUUACUGUGGAUCCUUCUGGACUUUUGGAAUGGCCGCCGCAGUCAUCGGACCAACAUUACUCGAACUAGGCUGUGUUACCAAUCGGCCGUUGAAUGUUAUGAGCUGGGUGUUUUUCUCCCAGGCUUUAAGCGCGCUCUUUGGUUCAAGUUUAGGAGGUUAUUUGGCAGACAGGUACGACUGCAACAUUAUCUUGCUAUAUUGCGUGACAUCUGUGGCAAUCUACCUCGCUGUAAUCCCUGUAUGUCACGUGUUUGGGAUAAUGCUGGCGUUUUUCGCCCUAUUGGGAGUCCACAUGGGAGUGAUUGACACUGUGGCAAAUAGCGUUCUAAUCAAGAUACACGGCAAAAAGGUUGCACCAAGACUGCAGUCCCUACACUUCUUCUAUGGCCUGGGUGCCCUGGUGAGCCCUGUUAUAGCAGAGCCGUUUCUUCGCAGUGCGUGUACAGACGGACAUUUCCAAACCAAUAUCUUUGGUUGGACACUUGAAAACUCGACACUGGAAGGACUUAUGGAAUACAAUAUUGAUGGCAUGCAAGUAAACAUGACGGCAUUAAAUGAAACUAUGUCACAGGUGUCCCGCCAUUACCACACGAAGUCUUUUGUACAGUAUGCCUACUGGCUUAUAGCUCUAUUACAGGUGCCCGUACAGUCAGGCUUAUUUUACCUUAUCUACAGACAGCGAUAUCUCAGGCGCUGGUCACCCGAGAUUUUCGCCGGAAGAGUGGUCACUCUUGCCGCUUUGCCUGCUGGGAAUGCAGAUGAAACAGAAAACGAGGAUCUGCCCCAAGUGUUCAAGCCUGCCGCUGACCAUUCUUCAAUCAGGCUAUCGUUCUGCAGUCUUCCCGCCAAAAUACCGCUGGUAACUCUUCUAGCAGGCCUGUUGUUGUUCCUGUUUGACGGAUUGCAGGGCGCAUAUGGUGGAUACCUGUACACAUAUGCCGUCAAAAGUGACAUUCAUUUAUCACCCAGUCAUGCUGCGUAUGUUAAUUCCUUAUUCUGGUGUUCGUUCGCUGUUGGAAGGUUUAUCUCCAUUCUUGUUUCUGUAUUCCUGGUACCCGACAAAAUGCUUUUCGUAAAUCUGUUUGGAUGCUUCACAGCAAUCUCCUUCAUAUUAUAUCUACACCAAUUCUCCCUGGCGUUAUGGAUUGGUAGCGGUGCGUUUGGUCUUUUCAUGAGUUCUGUGUUUCCCUCCACGCUAUCUCUGGCAGAACACUACAUUGACGUAACAGGUUCCAUUACAAGUAUCCUGAUUGUUAGUUCUGCCACAGGAGAGAUGGUGUUCCCACUACUUGUUGGAAAGGCUUUCGCACGAGAAGGACCUCUCUCGUUCCUUGUGAUCGGCUUCUUGGUUUGCAUUUUCGCCCUUUUUGUUUUCCUGAUUUUGCGCAUGACCGCCAGGGCUCAAAUCAACCAAUCAGUGCACGAUCUAUAUCGAGCCGCCAUAAAACGCCUGUGCCAUUGUGACCAGGCUGCCGAUGAUUGCGAGUACACUCCGCUGGUUACGUGUGACGAGGAAACAGAAGAGACUGGGCACGAUGAUCUACUCAGGAACGAGGCAGCUCACAGAGUUGCAGAACUACAAAGUUAAUAUAACCUGAUCAACUCAAUUUUGGUGUUAUUGUUUAGGAACAAUAAAUAUGGAAGGAUUUAAUAUUCCAGAGAGAAAGUAAUGAAUGAUAUAGUAUCGACUUCAGUAGAAAUAUAGUAGUUUGGAGUGCAGGCAUUUUCUUAACCAGAGCUCUCUCCGUUGUAGCGGCAGAAUGAACGACGGAGGGAUGUCUCUCCCAACUUCUUUACUCCAUAUUGAAGAGACACGAAAAUGAUAUCGUGUGGCAAGGCCACUGUUUAAACGGUUUACGGUAAUGUGAUUACCACUAGUCUAGAUAAUAGCAGUGAUGAAAUUAAUUUAAAAAAUUACACGACACUUUUAAGUUUAUCAGUCGGCGGCAGAUGCACUCGCCAUAUUCAGUGAGAAGCAUACAGGAAUUUAGAUGAGAACCUCUAACCACCCUUUUCCAUUCUUUUAACUUUAAAUGUUGUCUUGACUUCGUAGUGUAAGUGAGUAAUGUGAAAUUACUCAAUGAAAAUCUCUAAAAUAUUUGUUAAUCUUUUAUGCGCAAAUUGUCAUUUUCGUCAUUUUCCCUUCUUUUACUGAAACCACCUUUUUGUCAAUGUAGACUAUUUUCAUACCUGCCGCUCUCCUAGACAUGAAGCGAUCUUUUUAGUUUCUGAAUGACCUUUUGCCAUCUAAGAACCAAGUUCUUACCGUUGGACGUUGCCUUCAUUUAUAUCCACCAAUAUAUGCGUCGUUG